AUGCUGGUGCCGUGGAAGGGCACUCCCUCAUCUCAUCUUCUCAGCCACCGUCGAAUCCACCGCCGUAUCACCCUCGUGUCCGUCGUGGUAUCCACCGCCGCAUCCGCCGCCGUAUCCGCCGCCGUAUCCACCGCGUAUCCACCGCCGCAUCCACCGCCGUAUCACCCUCGUGUCCGUCGUGGUAUCCACCGCCGCAUCCGCCGCCGUAUCCGCCGCCGUAUCCACCGCGUAUCCACCGCCGCACCCGCCGCGUAUCCACCGCCGCAUCCACCGCAUCUCAUGGCGCAACCUCCCCCGGUGGAAGGCACGUCCUGGCUUGUGGUUUUUAUGGAUACAGCUGCCAAGAAGAUAUGUGAAAAAUUCUUCCAGCUGACGGAAACCCAUAUCGAUAAACUUGUCUCUUCUCUUGUUGAAAAGAUCUCUAAUAGCAACCCAGAUACGAUGCUUUACGCCUUUGCCGGUUCCGUCAUAGUGGUGCUUGUUGUACACAAGACCAUUGAAUCUCAAGACUCUGUUGCUGCACUUCGAGACUCUGUUGCUGCACUGGCACUACAAUUUGAACAGAUGGUUGCUGCGCAGGCACUACAAUCCAAACAGAUGGGGAAACAGGUGCAGGCACUCAAAACUCAACUGGAGGCCAUGUCAGCUCGAAUGGAACAGCAAAACCCACAUGCUGCCAGUUUCACCCCGGACAACAUUGAUUAG